CUCCCGCGUAGACGCACGACUCUGCAAAACACUCCAGAACCAGUAAAACCUUGAGUUAAAUCGUGAUUUUCCUGGUGCCUGUUCCUCGGGAAAGUCCUUGUGUCGAAGGGGAAGAGAAAUUUUCCGGAAAGAAGCUGUUUCGUACCGAGUGCUACGCCCUUGGAAGUGCGCGUACUUUCCGUUUUGGGUUAUUCCUGCCACCGUGAGCAUCCCCAGAGGCUUCCUCGUAAUUGACUAUCGGGCAGCUCGAUUAGCAACCAGCGGCCAGCAGGAGCAUUCAGCACGAUGGCUGGCUCGUCAAGAGACAUACAGCUGCACAAGGUCUGCUGCAACUCACAUCCGGAUGCACCGCUGAUAGAGGAUUACCGAGCGGGUGACAUGAUCUGCUCCGAGUGUGGCCUGGUGGUAGGCGACCGAGUGAUUGAUGUGGGCUCCGAGUGGCGUACAUUCAGCAACGAGAAGGCCGGCGUCGAUCCGUCUCGUGUCGGUGGUCCGGAAAAUCCGCUGCUCAGUGGUGGCGAUCUGUCCACUAUGAUCGGCCCCGGAACCGGUCCUGCAUCGUUCGAUGCGUUUGGAACGGCCAAAUAUCAAAACCGACGCACGAUGAGUAGCUCGGAUCGAGCGCUGAUUGCAGCUUUUAAGGAGAUCAGCACAAUGGCUGAUCGAAUCAAUCUGCCAAAAACUAUCACCGAUCGGGCAAACAAUCUCUUCAAACAGGUGCACGAUGGCAAGAAUCUGAAAGGCCGAUCGAACGAUGCCAAAGCGUCCGCCUGUCUGUACAUUGCCUGCCGUCAAGAGGGCGUACCGCGAACGUUCAAGGAGAUUUGUGCGGUCAGCAAAAUCAGCAAAAAGGAAAUUGGGCGCUGCUUCAAGCUCACCCUUAAGGCACUCGCUACCUCGGUGGAUCUCAUCACAACCGCUGACUUUAUGUCUCGUUUCUGCGCCAAUCUCGACCUCCCCAAUGUGGUGCAACGUGCGGCAACGCAUAUCGCGCGCAAAGCCGUCGAAAUGGACAUCGUACCUGGGCGGUCACCGAUCUCGGUGGCGGCUGCUGCCAUCUAUAUGGCCUCGCAAGCAUCGAACAAUAAGAAAACACACAAGGAAAUCGGCGACAUUGCCGGUGUGGCCGACGUUACAAUUCGCCAAUCGUAUCGCCUGAUGUACCCACAUGCCUCCGAGCUGUUCCCCGAGGAUUUCAACUUCUUCACCCCGAUCGAUCAGCUACCACCGGUGUAAGCGGUACGGAAAUGCAUCGUGGGGAAGAACGCGGUACCUACUGCCGGAUGCUGCUGUACAGCUCACGGUCGAAGAAUAAGAACGGAGUUCCUUCCGCUCGAAAGGCGUUGUGAUACGGCGUACAUUACUAGUAGGUACUAUGCAUCACUGAUCAUCAUGAUUAUCAUAUUUUCACCCUUUUGAUACCCAAGCCGUACGGGACAUCGUUUUUGUUUUUUGUUUUGUUGCUGUAUCCGAUGUGUCCUCGCAAGUACAGAGUAACAACCACAAAACAAAUGUCGCAAACGGGAGUACAAACUUUUCCACAGAGCGCAAGAGAGUUGAUGUAAUUAAUGAAUGAAAUAAUGUAAGGCACACGGGGAACAGAACUUGAUAGAAUGGUUAGGAUAAAGUGACGCUAACUUCAUCUGCAAGGAGCUGUAUACGCGGUACGCACCGCGUAUAGUAACAAAGGUAGAAGCAGGAGAAGUACGCAGAAGUUGAGGAACAUCGGAGAAGCAACACCAUUCGCAUUCACCACAAGUUGUUGUGUGGGUGCGGUGGUUGCUAGGGUCUUAAUAUUAAAGGGUAUCUGUCUUACCCUCGCGCCAAGUCAUGUUGGUACAGGGUCACAGCUGCAACACAAAUCUGCAAUUUUGCCACACCAUGCGAUAUGAAGGAUUGUAUUAUUUUUCACGGUUCAUUUACAUUUCUGAAUAAGCAUUAUUUACUAAGCGUUGGGAAGUUAUUAACGUGAUUAUGUUCCAUACGGUAGCGUGGUAACUGUGGCUGGGAGUCUAUUACCAGCUACAACUGAGCUGCACAUCGAACAACAUGAUACGGGGAUGAAUAGGAUAGAGCUGGAAUACAAUGAACUGAUCUAUAAGUCACACACAAAAAAAACAGAAAAUAAAAACAUUAAUUGAAUAGAA